AUGGACCACCCGAGUCCGUCCGCCGACCGCAGCAGCGGUGCGGCACCACCACCACCACCAGGACCACCACCACCACCAGGAGCGACGACCAGACGAGAAGGAGAUGGGCCAGCUGGCGUAGUGGUAAUAUCCGACGACGAAAGUUCGGCCAGCUCAAUGUCGGAUGAGGAGGACUCAGGUACCGACCACAACCACGACGACAGGAAGCGUCAUCACCGCGACGGCACCACCCCCGCCGGCGGCAGAUAUAGACCCCAUACACCUACGCCGCCGCCGCAGCGAGGCUCACAGCAACACGUUCCGCCGCCGCCUAGGGGGAGCAGGGAGAGAGAUAUUCGUGCGGAACGGCAUCGCGACUUGCGUGAACGUGAGCGUGACCGGGAUAGGGAUAGGGAUCGCGACAGGGAUAGAUCUCGGGGUCCGGACCCGAGGCGGCGGGGAGGAGGGGGAAGAGGAGGCCUACCGCCAUCACCGCCACUGGAUAGGGACCAGGAUCGAGAUCGGGACAGGGACAGAGACAGGGACAGGGACCGCGACAGGGACUACGACAGAGACAGAGACAGUGACAGAAGUCUGCGCGACAGCCCUCCUCUGAGGGACAGCCCUCGCCUACGAGACAGCCCUCGUAUAAGGGAACGAAAGCGGCAGAGCUUCGCGUUAGACGAAAAGUACCACGGCGGAGGGGGAGAAGGAGGCCGCAGCACCGUCAACGGCCACGCCAGGAGACAGCAGAGCGUGCCCCCCAACAGCGCCAACAACGGCGCAAAACGGCAAUCCAUCACGGAGCGGCUCAUGAGCACCUGGACAGCGGCGCGGUCGGGCGCGGCGCGCGGAGCGGGGGAUCAUCCGCCGGGCGUCGGGGCCGCAGCCGCGGCGGCGGCAUCCACGCUCCCCUCGCGCCGCGCAUCAUCGGCCUCGACGGCGAGCAAGGCGUUCAACCCCGUCGGCAGGGUGCGCGAGUGGCUCGACACGUGCAAUGCCGAGCAUGGCGACCACUGCUCCGGCCCGCCGACGGAUACGUGGCGGCCGAUAUGGCUGAUUGACUCGGUGAACCGGUGUCUCGUGCGCGCGAGGGCGACGGAUCGGUAUAUCGCGCUCAGCUACGUCUACGAGCCGCCGCUGCCUUCAUCGCGGGGUCCCGUGGAGACGUUGCGGGAGAACCUCGAAGUGUUGACGGCGAGCAUGGAUGACGCGGAUAUCCCGCAGACGAUUCUGGAUGCCAUGUGGUUGGCAAGGAAGCUGGGGAUUAAGUACCUCUGGGUCGACCGGUUUUGUAUAGUGCAGGACGACGACGUGGAGAGGGAGGAGUACGUCAAGAAUAUGGCAUACGUGUACGCCAACGCCUACAUGACCAUCGUGGCGGCCGCGGGCGACGCCGAGUCCGGGCUGACGGGGUUGUUGCGGAGGACGCCGCCGCCGAGGGGCACCGCGGCGAGGAAGCACGAAGAUUUGGUGCUCUCGUCGCGGUGGGCGGGGCGGGCGUGGACGGUGCAGGAGGGCAUGUACUCGCGGCGGAAGGUGUACGUUUUCGAGGAGACGGUGACGUGGGAGUGCCACUGCGACUUGUGGCAAGGGCCGCCGGGCGCAGCGGGCGGCGGCAGGUUCAGCAAGAUCCUCAAGGGCGGAGGGCUGGGGAGGCACGGCGGCGGCGGGGGGCCGUGUGCGUCGAGGACGUUUCCCGCGGCGACGGGGUACCUGCACCCCGUGUGGCCCGACAUGGACGAGUUCGCGCGGAUCGCGAUGGAGUUUAGCGCGCGGCGGGUGACGCUCAUGUCGGAUACCACGAGGGCGCUGCGGGGAAUCACGACGGUGCUGUCGCGGUCGUUUGCGGGCGGCUUCGUGUUCGGUAUGCCGGUGAGCUUCCUGGACGUCGCGAUGCUGUGGCAGCCGAGGGCGAUGGUGCGGCGGCGGCUGAUGGUGCAGCCCGUGACCGGGAUGAACCCGCUGCCGUCGUGGAGCUGGCUCGGGUGGCACUACGACGGCGUGCCCGCGGACCUGACGCUCUGGCGGGCGGCGGCGGAUUACGUCCAGGAGGCGCCUGCACAUCACGGCAAGAGGGGCGUGGAGAGAAGGUUCAAGAGCCCUUACGCGUUCCGGUUGCGGUCGUUGGUGAGCUAUGAGCUCACGGACCGGGCGACGUAUACGCCGUUGCCGAAUGAUGGGAUGGCGUACCGGGAUCGGAGGCAUCGGAGGACGGUGCCGUUGCCUGCUGGGUGGUCGAGGAGCGGUGGCGGGUUCCGGUAUGCGGGGGAUCCGGAGGUUGUGUUUCGGUACCCGGUGCCCGUGGCGGAGAUGGCUGGCGGAGGUGGAGGAGGAGCGGACGGAGCCAUCCCGGGGCCGGGAUUGUCGCCGUUUGGGGACUUUGCGCUGAGCGCCACGCUGCUUUCGUUCAGCACGACGGUGGCGUACCUGGACGUCGACUUCGCCGUGGCUAGGAACGGGGCGCCGCUCGAUGCGAAAGCGGCCAACGCGGUGAACUCAGGGAACAACACGGGGCCUGGCACGGGCUUGGUGGCGCCCGGACGAGGGUACGGCGUCCCGUUGGCGGUAGGGAAUAUCUGGUCGAGGACGGGCAAGUGGUGCGGCGUGGUGACGGCGCACGAUAGCUGGUUGGGCUUGCAGGGGGCGAAUCAUACGGGGGAAGAAAAGCUCGAGUUCGUGGCCGUGUCGAUGGCGAGCGAGAGAGGGGGGAGUCAUGUGUUUGAUCUGGAUGCGUUCCGGGAUAACAUGGACGAGGACGAGAUUGUGGACUUUGUUAAUGUGCUCUGGGUGGAGAGGGUUGGCGGGCUUUUCAGUUUUUGGGAACUCGUUGACCGAGCUGGUGUCGAGAAAUCCUUGGCACAAUGGGCCACUGAUCACUUGAAGGAACAUAAACGACCACUUCGCAUCGCUGUCGAUGCAGCCCAUUGGCAGUUCAAGAAUGUCUCUGACGCCCAGGAAGCCGCUAUUCAACAACAAUCACCAGGUUCCCACCCACGAGAGAAGGCCAUCCUCGAACGUCUGCUGCCGUUGUUGCGGCUCGGUAUCCAUGUGGUAUUUGUCUUCGACGGGGAACAGCGUCCACAAAUCAAGCGGGGCUCCAAACGGUAUGGUCAACGAGAGUCAACCACCGCCCUCAUAAAGCACACGCUGGAUCACAUUCUCGUACCUUGGCUCCAGGCACCAGGCGAAGCCGAAGCCGAGUGCGCUUUACUCCAGCAACAAGGUCUCGUCGAUGCAGUCUGGUCUGAGGACGGCGAUUGCUUCAUGUUCGGCUCCACUGUUGUCAUUAGAGACCUGCGGGAUACCAAGAACCACAAGUUCAAGGAGCAUGCGCGAAUCUUCGACAUGAGAGAAAUCCGUCGCUUGAAGGUUGGCCUUUACAAUGAUAAAAGUGUCGCCUGUUUCGCUAUGCUCACUGGCUGCGACUACGCACCCUCCGGACUCUUAGGCUGCGGGACACCUCUCGCUCAAGAGCUUGUCAAAGACGGCGGCCUUGUCCAGAGCUUCUGGUGUAUCCAGACGCUUCCUCAAGCGAAUCAAUGGCGAACGCGUUUAGAAAAUUCGAUAAAGGUAAUCACCAGCCGGAAUAAUCUGCACUUCAACAAGGAAAAGUCCAAUAUCAUGACUUUCCCUGAUCUUCAGGCCCUCAAGAAUUGUCGUUCGCCCGCAGUAUCCACUUCAGAGACACUCGAAAGGCUACCUUUCUUGCAGGGCGAGUGGUAUGGCACUCACACAACGAAUAGCCUGGCAACCACAAUUCCUUGGAUGCAGCAGUACUACCUUUCGAGAAUGACCACUCUCUGGUGGGUCAGGCAAUUCACACCCAUGGUACUGAACCAGAGACUUCUCAAAGGCGAAGUUCAAGCUCUCGACCUCGUCGCCAAGGUUGCACAAAAACGUAAGGAGAGCCCAACGAGUUCCAUCGAGCUCGAUCCCUGUAAUGUGUUUCCCGGUAUCGAGAAUAUCUUCAUCGAAUCCGAGGGAAUCCUAUUAGUGAACAGAUGGCGAAACGAACGCGAAUCCGCGGGCAGUCCGAUCCAGAAUGGGAAAUUUGACAUGCUGGAUGCAAUUCUAGGGCAUGGGAUGUCCGACGAAGCAUACCAGGCGUGGAGGAAGAAAAAGAGGUCACCUCCGGCAGCCAAGAUUCAUCCGGCACAUUCAGCGCGGGCACCCCUACCUCCUCAGAUGAGUCUCGGCAGCCGAGUUCCUUUCAUGAACAGUUUCCAGGCAAACGGCGGUGUUCUUGACGACUUAACGGAGCCUUCUAACAUCGCCUUUGGUGUUGGUGUAGCUGAAGUCAUUCCGUCAGACCUUCUGAAGCUUCAAGAGCAGAUUCUUGCGGAAUGCCAGGCCAACAAGAUUCGUACUCCGGCUGUAGAGCCUCGAUGCAAUAUUCGCAUUGGUCAGGGAAAGUCUCCAACGGACAGCAAACAUUCUGAAGAAUUGAUCUCGCCCUUGCUGGUUCACAAGCCUGCCAUACCGGCUACUACAAGCCCUUCCGUUCGUUCCAUACCCAAGGCUGCAGCACCAGCAUCUCCCGCUGAUACCAGGGACAAACGAAUGGCAAAGUUCGAAGUCAAACGGCGUAGCAAAGAGACAUCGAGAAGUGCGGGAUAUGAUGAAAGUAUUGCUCUUCGAUACGGCAGUGCUUACAGCCUCGACAACGACGAUACUCCCUGUGAGUCGGCCUCAGCCAAGAAGAGAAGGCUGGAGAAAGCCGAUGUGGAGGAUGUACGAACCGAGGCCCCCGGAGUGAGAGCAAGACGCAUGAUUCUUGAGGUUGAGCUGGACUCCUCUCAGGAUUCCAUUCGGGCUACCAAGGCGAAAGGAGACGGGCGAUGUAAGCCUGCUGUCGUGGGUGAUGAGACAGGUACCUCCGGAGCGCGGGUGCAUGGUGGCGGCACAGUUGACGAUCCAUUCGAGGUCUCGUAA